AUGGAUGAAUCAACAAAUGUAAAGACCCCACCAUCCAAAAAAGUUAAGAUACGGCAUACUAAUAAGAGUAAGAAGAGUCUUCCAGAAACGAAAGUUGAAUUUUCCCCGGAAUUAUUAUCGACAAGCAAAGAACCGCCUAAAACACCAAAAACUGGAAAGAAGAAGCUUUGCACACCGAAGAAGAUUGGUACUGAUGAUCCCAAUCUUGAUAAAGUACUCUUAUUAGAACCAGCUCCAUUAUUAGUUGGCCAAAUCGAUGAACCAAUAAAGAAAAAGUUAAAACUAAAGCCCAAAAAGGAUUCUUCAAAAGAUAAAAGUCAAUUAUUACCUACAAAGCGAAAGGUUACAAAACGAUCAAAGCAAAAGGAUAAAGAAGAACCAGUACAAGAUACCAAGAAGAAAACAAAGCGUAGGGCUAAACGUAAGUUAUCGCAUAAACGUUCAACAGAAAGCCAAAGACCACAAAUUAUAAUUAAUGAUGAAAAAGAUGAAGAUUUCUUGUUCGGACCUGACUUUUCAGCCAACAGAUUACAAGAUGCCAAAUCAGUUAUGCAUAUACAUAAAGACAAACUUAAUAUCUCUGAUUCUAAAUCUGUAAAAGCACCAAAGAAGCAUAAAUCUAAAGGAUCCGAUCCACAUAUGCCAAAUAUUAAUCCAGAAGCCCAAGAAGUCUUCAAAAUGAUUACAAAAAACUUAACUCCUGUUGUUUCAUCUCAACCGAUUAUAGGAGUAGAAAAGCCAAUUCCCCUACAAACGAUAAUGGAUGACAUAACAAUUGAUGAAUCUAAAAAUGCUUUUUCAUCUCAUAAGUCGAGAAGUAAGAGAUUACAUAAGAAACUCAGUUAUGGAACAAGUGGAACCGUUAAGCCCGUCGAAGGAUGGUUACCUUUUGGCAUAGGAAUCAUUCAACCACCAGAUGAUGUCGAAAUAGAGAAAAACGCAACACGAGACUACGAUAUUAGGAAACUUGUCCAUGAUAUUAAGCAUAACUAG